AUGGCCGACUCUCCGGUCACCAUCCGAACCCGCAAAUUCAUCACCAACCGACUUCUGUCGCGUAAGCAGAUGGUCGUCGAUGUCCUCCACCCCAACCGUCCCAAUGUCUCCAAGGACGACCUGCGCGCGAAAUUGGCCGAAGUCUACAAAUCCAACAAAGACCAGAUCAACGUCUUCGGCAUGAGGACGCAGUACGGAGGCGGCAAAUCAACUGGGUUUGCCCUUAUCUAUGACAGCGUCGAGGCCAUGAAGAAGUACGAGCCAUACUACCGACUGGUCAGGGUGGGCCAUGCAACCAAGAUCGAAAAGGCCAGCAGACAGCAGCGGAAGCAGAGAAAGAAUCGAUCCAAGGAGUUCAGAGGUACGGCCAAGGCGAAGGGUGCGUCGAAGGACAAGAAGAAAUAA